CAUUUCAGACACGCACUGAAAUAUCUUUAUAAUUUUGAUCGUCAUGUGCAUAUCCACCUACCUUUCUUCCUCGUCUGCGCUGCUGUCCUCGUCAAAAUCAAUUUUGAGAAAUACCCGGGGAGGAGGAACUUUUGCUUCCACUUUCUCUUCUUCUUCCGUGAGUUUCAUCCGCCAUUCGCGUAAUUUCUCGCUGGUUUCUGCUCCUCGGUGGAGAUACGGAGUUGACUGGCGAUCUCCGGUUAGUCUUAGAGCUCAGAUCAGAAUAGCAUCUCCCGUUCCAGAGCGCAAGAUCGCUACCAUGGCUUCUGAAAAUCCAUUCAACGGAAUUUUAUCUGGUCUCCCCAAGCCUGGAGGUGGUGAAUAUGGAAAGUUCUAUAGCAUGCCUUCCCUGAAUGAUCCCAGAAUCGAUGAGCUUCCAUAUUCUAUUAGAAUACUCUUGGAAUCAGCUAUACGGAAUUGUGACAACUUUCAAGUGACGAAGGAGGAUGUAGAAAAGAUUAUUGAUUGGAAAAAUUCUGCACCUAAGCAAGUAGAGAUACCUUUUAAGCCCGCUCGUGUGCUGCUACAGGAUUUUACUGGAGUUCCAGCUGUUGUUGACCUUGCUUCUAUGCGCGAGGCUAUCAAGGACCUUGGCAGUAACCCAGACAAAAUCAACCCUUUGGUUCCUGUUGACCUUGUCAUUGACCACUCUGUUCAGGUUGAUGUAACUAGAUCAGAAAAUGCUGUACAGGCCAACAUGGACCUUGAAUUCAAGAGAAACAAAGAGAGAUUUGCUUUUCUUAAAUGGGGGUCCAGUGCCUUCGACAAUAUGCUUGUUGUUCCUCCGGGUUCUGGUAUUGUUCAUCAGGUGAAUUUGGAAUAUCUUGGGCGAGUUGUUUUUAACACCAAGGGCAUUUUGUAUCCUGAUAGUGUUGUUGGAACUGAUUCUCAUACAACCAUGAUUGAUGGAUUGGGUGUUGCUGGAUGGGGUGUUGGGGGAAUUGAAGCAGAGGCAACGAUGCUUGGCCAGCCAAUGAGCAUGGUUCUCCCUGGUGUUGUUGGUUUUAAGCUGUCUGGGAAGUUGCGUGAUGGGGUGACAGCAACUGAUUUGGUUUUAACUGUAACCCAAAUGUUGAGAAAACAUGGUGUGGUUGGCAAGUUUGUUGAAUUUUACGGUGAGGGUAUGGGUCAAUUAUCCCUGGCAGAUAGAGCAACUAUUGCAAAUAUGUCUCCUGAGUAUGGUGCUACCAUGGGAUUCUUCCCUGUAGAUCAUGUUACUCUGCAAUACCUGAAAUUGACUGGAAGGAGUGAUGAGACGGUGGCAAUGAUUGAAGCGUACUUGAGGGCCAACAAAAUGUUUGUUGAUUACAGUGAGCCUCAACAAGAGAGAGCUUACUCAUCUUAUCUGGAGUUGGAUCUUGCUGAUGUUGAACCUUGUAUUUCAGGGCCUAAAAGGCCUCAUGAUCGAGUCCCAUUAAAGGAAAUGAAGGUUGAUUGGCAUUCAUGUCUUGACAAUAAAGUUGGGUUCAAGGGCUUUGCGGUACCAAAAGAGCAACAAGAUAAAGUAGUUAAAUUUUCAUUCCACGGGCAGCCUGCAGAACUCAAGCAUGGAAGUGUCGUCAUAGCAGCCAUUACAAGUUGCACAAACACAUCAAACCCAAGUGUGAUGCUUGGUGCUGGACUUGUUGCAAAGAAAGCAUGUGAACUUGGGUUAGAGGUAAAACCAUGGGUAAAGACUAGUCUUGCUCCUGGAUCUGGGGUUGUAACAAAAUACUUGCUCCAGAGUGGGCUACAAAAGUACUUGAACCAGCAAGGCUUUAGUAUUGUCGGAUAUGGUUGCACAACUUGUAUCGGCAAUUCUGGAGAUCUCGAUGAAUCAGUUGCUUCUGCUAUUUCUGAUAAUGAUCUUGUUGCUGCUGCUGUUCUCUCUGGAAAUAGGAACUUUGAAGGUCGUGUUCAUCCAUUGACAAGAGCUAACUAUCUUGCUUCACCUCCCUUAGUUGUAGCUUAUGCACUUGCUGGCACGGUUGAUAUUGACUUUGAGAAAGAGCCGAUCGGGACUGGGAAAGAUGGAAAAAGUGUUUACUUCAAGGAUAUUUGGCCUACCAGUGAAGAGAUUGCACAGGUUGUUCAAUCUAGUGUUCUCCCUGAUAUGUUCAAGAGUACUUAUGAAGCAAUUACAAAAGGUAACGAAUUCUGGAAUCAGUUGUCUGUGCCCUCAUCUAGCCUUUACCAGUGGGACUCAAACUCAACAUAUAUCCACAAGCCUCCAUAUUUUGAUGGCAUGACAAUGGACCCACCCGGUUCCCGUGGAGUGAAGGAUGCCUAUUGCUUGCUGUUGUUUGGAGACAGUAUCACUACCGAUCAUAUCUCCCCUGCCGGAAGCAUCCACAAAGACAGUCCUGCUGCAAAGUACUUGAUGGAUCAUGGAGUGGAGAGGAAAGAUUUUAAUUCUUAUGGUAGUCGUCGUGGCAAUGAUGAGGUGAUGGCUAGGGGUACCUUCGCUAAUAUCCGUAUUGUAAACAAGCUGCUGAAUGGUGAAGUAGGCCCAAAAACUGUUCACAUUCCUUCAGGGGAGAAACUCUAUGUGUAUGAUGCUGCAAUGAGAUACAAAUCAGCAGGGCAAGAUACUAUUGUUAUUGCUGGAGCAGAAUAUGGGAGUGGCAGUUCUCGGGACUGGGCUGCCAAGGGACCAAUGUUACAGGGAGUGAAAGCAGUGAUUUCCAAAAGUUUUGAGAGGAUUCAUCGUAGUAACUUAGUUGGAAUGGGUAUCAUCCCACUUUGCUUCAAGGCUGGAGAGGAUGCAGAAACACUUGGCUUGACAGGUCACGAACGCUAUACCAUAGACCUCCCAACAAAGACAAGUGAUAUCAGGCCCGGACAGAAUAUUGUUGUGACUACAGACAGUGGAAAAUCUUUUACAUGUACCUUACGAUUUGAUACAGAGGUGGAGUUGGAAUACUUCAACCAUGGAGGCAUCCUUCAGUAUGUCAUUAGGAAUUUGGCCAAAAAAUGAGGUCAGUACAGACAGACAAUAAGCAUCUUAUCUUGGUGGUGUUGUUUCAAUCUGCGCAAGUGUUGUUUGUUUGUUUAUCCCUUCUGGAUGCUGUUUUUCGACUUGAUGAAUAAUUGUUGUUUCCUUGACAAAUCACAAGAAACCAAACCAAACCAAAUCAAAGCUUUGUUAUCGAUUCAUAAA